AUGUCCAUCAAAGCUAUAGGCGAGCCAGGAUGCAGUUCAGAAUCAGUUAUGGAAAAGGAGAAAAAGAGAGAUUUCGAAAACAUGACGAUAAGCCCCAGCCCGGAAAUUUUAAAAACUUGCACAGUGUCAUACACAUUUACCGGUAAGGCAAUAAAUUUUGACAAGAGGCUGCUAAAAAAAUUGGAAACGCAGAUUAAAUCGUUUCAUAAAACAAUCAGUUCAGAAAAUACGAAAUUAGAUGACAUCGUGACUCUCGCACAAACGCAUUACAACAUAUGCGAAGCAUACUUUAUUAUUAUGUUGAAUGAGAAAGACAAACAAUUGAAUGCUAUAGAGAAUAUUAAAUAUUGUCUGAGACUGUUGAAAGAUAAAGAGCUGAAUUGCAAAUCUAUUUUGAUAGCUUUAAACGGGCAUAACCUUUUAGGUUCUAUUUAUACUAGACAAAAGAAUGCAGAGAAAGCUAUAUCAAUAUAUGACAAAGCUGUUGAUUUAUAUUCAGCGUAUAUGCAAGAAAAAAACGAGUAUGGCACUCCUAUUGAUCUUCAAAACAUUAUUUAUGAAAAAACCGCAAGGCUAAACGGUUAUCAGAAGCUGACAGAUGUAUAUAUUAUUAUUUUACAGUCCUUAACAACCCAACAUAAGCUCAUGGGAUCGUCGAAUGAAUGUAGCUUUAUUAUGCGCAGUCAUAUGCUUUUGCUCACUCAGUUCCAUCAGUUGACAAAGAAUAAACUGUAUUUCAACUGGAUUCAUUCAGCGACAUUGAUAUGCAAAUUUUUGCUAAGGCACUGCCGCUUCAAGGAAGCCUUAAGUCAUCUUAAUGUUGCAAGUUUUGUGAAAAGGACUCACCUUCAUAUAGAUUAUACAGAGCAGCCAAGCAAACAAGGAUCAUCCAAAGAAGAGUCUUCUUCGAGCGAUCUUCUUGAGCAAAGCAAGAAGGCGCGGAGAAUACUUGUAUUAGAGUGGGCCAAUUAUGGAAUUACGCUCUUACGUAGAUCGGCCGAACGAUUGCUACGGUUACAGAAAGACGAAAAUGUAGAAAUGAAUAAAUCAGAAUCCUCAAGGAAGUCGAAGAAACAGCCGCAGAAAUUACUAUUAUUUACCGAAAUAGAGAAAGAAUAUUCGAUCCUAAAUACAUACCAUUCAAUAACGGAUAAGUACAUCUCGGAUUACGACGGCGCUAGAGAAACGUUUUUGCUUGUUCUGAGAAUGCUCAACGAUAUACAGGAUGAACAGGAGACCGAGGACAUUUCUAUAUUAGCUAAACUAAAAAUAUGUAAGGUGUACAAGUACAUGUCACUCUAUGAACAGAAUACAAUGAGCCAAAUCGUGUUGCAAAAUCGACAAAUACACGUUCUACCGCUUCUCAUGCAAGUACCGAAGGCACAACGUAUCUUAUCUAGAUACAUACGGCUUCAAUUUGCACUUACUCAUUCAAGUCUGGUAGAAACACAUAUUGGAAUGUUGGAAAUGGUCGAUCCAACGUAUGCGCCUCGAAGAUGUACUGCUGUUAAUGAGGAAAUUGACUUUCACCUUGAAAAAGGCUUAAAGUAUUUACAAAAGUAUGUGCAAAAUGAAUAG